AAUUAGGCCCAUUAAUAAUCGCGCCCAGCUGUAACCAUUUAUUGCAGUCAAUUUGUAAUUUCUUCAUCUCCCUCUGCAAUUCCACAAGCAAUUUCAAUUUAAAAUCUUGAAGAUUCAAGGAAAAGUAUGAAAAAAUGGGUGUUGGAAUCAAAGAAAGCAGAAUCAGCCCCGGAAUUCUGCUAACCAUCAUAGUAAUCGCAGUGAUCUUCUUCAUCUCCGGAUUGCUCCACCUCCUCGUGAGAUUCCUGCUGCGGAGAAGCUCCGGCGAAUCGGAGAGCUUUACCGCGGUGGAAGGCCAGCUCCAGCAGCUCUUCCACCUCCACGACUCCGGCCUCGACCAAUCCUUCAUCGACACUCUCCCCGUUUUCAACUACAGCGCGAUCAUCGGCGUGAGGGAUCCGUUUGACUGCGCCGUCUGCUUGUCGGAAUUCGAGGCGGAAGACACGCUGAGGCUGCUCCCGAAAUGCAGCCACGCUUUUCACGUGGACUGUGUUGACACGUGGCUGCUGUCUCACUCGACCUGCCCUAUUUGCAGGGCGAGUUUGGAGCAGGAAUUCGGCAUCUGCUGCUCGCCUGUGGUUAGGGUUCUUGAAUCGGAGAAUUUGGGGGAAAUUGAUUUGGAGAGACAGGUUGAUGAUGGGGAGAGAGUUGUGCCGGUGAAGCUUGGGAAGUUUUGGGGAGUUGGCGGCGGCGGCGGUGAGGGAGGGGCGGAGGCGAGGAGGUGCUUCUCGAUGGGGUCGAUUUCUUAUGUGAUGAAAGAGGAUUCGGUGCUUAAAGUUGCUAUUUCGAGUCAUGGGAAUAAUUUGGGUCAUGAGUUUAACGAAUUUAAAGCGUUUAAGGUUGUUGGAGCUCAGAGCGGCGGCAGUAGCAAUGGCGAUGGCGAUGGCGGCAGCUUGUGUAGAAGAGAUAGUUUUUCUUUGUCGAAGAUUUGGAUGAGAGAUAAGGGUGGUGAUGCCGCGAUGGAGGAUACGAGAAGGGCGUUUUCGUUCCGGUGGAGCGCGGCGGUUGAAGGAGGAGCAGACGUUGAUUUUGAUGAGGAAAUUGGGAUGCAAAGAGAUUGAAAUUUUACCAUAUUUUCAAGUGUAGUUUUUAAAUUUUGUUAUGCAUUUUCUUUGGAGUAGCAGAUAAUCAGAGAUUCAUAAGUGCAGAAUAUGUAAUAAUUUUUAGAUAUACACACAGGUUUUACUUUUUUUGCGUUGAUAA